UGUUUCAGUCUCAUCAUAAUUUUCACCCAACUCCAGGAUGAGCGAGGGUCAUGGCAGGGCGUUUGCCUUGACAAUUUCGGUGUUGAUGGUGGUCACCGGUUCGCUGAACACCAUCUGUGCGAAAUGGGCAGACAGGAUGAAAGCCGAGGGAGUACCGUUCAAUCAUCCAUUUUUGCAGGCAACUUGUAUGUUCUUUGGUGAAUUCAUGUGCUUAGCUGCGUUCUUCAUUUUGUUCUAUUACAAGAAAUACCAGUGGAACAGGGCCAAUAUUACGGGAGUAGGUGGUUCUAUCACCGACAUAACAUCGGAUAGCGAACCCCAGUUACCCCAGUUCAAUCCGUUGGUAUUCCUGCCACCUGCCUGUUGUGACAUUCUUGCAACAUCCAUCAUGUAUAUCGGCUUGAAUCUCACCACGGCCAGCAGUUUCCAGAUGCUCAGAGGAGCUGUCAUCGUUUUCACUGGACUGUUAUCCGUUGGAAUGCUUGGAGCGCGGAUUCAGGGUUACAAGUGGAUUGGAAUGAUCCUCGUCAUCCUUGGGCUCGUAGUUGUUGGAGUGACGGAUAUCAUGUACGACGACGAUCCACUCGAUGAUAAGAACGCCAUCAUUACCGGGAAUCUUCUCAUCAUAAUGGCACAGAUAAUCGUGGCCAUCCAGAUGGUUUAUGAACAGAAAUAUCUGAACCAAUAUGAUGUGCCAGCUCUUUUUGCCGUUGGACUUGAAGGACUCUUUGGCAUGACGAUUCUGUCCGUGUUAAUGGUUCCAAUGUAUUAUAUUCAUGUACCUCACACGUUUUCCACCAAUCCGGAGGGUCGUCUUGAGGACGUCUUUUUUGCAUGGAAGGAGAUUUGUGAGCAACCAUGGAUUGCUGUGGCUUUAGCAGGAACCAUCGUCAGCAUUGCAUUCUUUAACUUUGCUGGUGUUUCGGUGACGAAAGAACUUUCCGCAACCACCCGAAUGGUACUGGAUAGUGUGAGAACACUAGUAAUCUGGAUGUUUAGUAUACCAUUCUUUGGCGAAUUGUUUAUCCCGGCUCAGCUCCUCGGCUUCGCACUUCUCAUCCUUGGUAUGUUCGUUUACAACGACAUCUUAAUUGGGCCAUGGUUUAGACAGAAAGUGCUUCCAAACAUGGGCGAGUCACCGUUUACCAGAUGCUGUUUCUCGAUAUGUGGUGCUGACCUCGUCGAAAGUGACCGAGAUAGCCUUCUCAAUGAGGAUGCAUAACACUACCGUAUCUCUACACCAAAGACCCCUCAUUCUAAAAUGGAUUUGAGCUGGAUUUGCUGUUUUUUUUUUGGCAGGUGCCAUUUUCUACCAUUGUCUCUGGUGCUUUGUUCUCUUCCUAGCUACUUUGUCGUACUCUAAGCUUCUAUUUUUUGGUCAUUAAGUAUGAGUCAUUGAGGGUUUAAGUUAUUUGAACUUUAUAUCAUGUACCUCUGAACAACUGUUUUUGAUGCAGAUUGUUCGGCACAUAAGGGCAUUCCUUGAGCGACUGCUUAUAUUUUGUAUAGUUUGAGUUUUGCUUCUUUACGAGUUUGAUAAUCGUUAAGAACGUGUUGGCUACGUGUUUGAAAUUUGCAAUUUCUAGUGGUU